AUGGUAGGCGUUUUCCGGCGCUCCCUUUCCUUCCCAAACAAACCAAAUCCCAACCGUCCGUCCAAACCUACCUUGUCUCGUCACACCAGAUCCAUAAGUCUUCCAUGCAGAUCUCACCCAUUGAUCUCUCAGCUCAAGGACCACAUCUCCGAACUUCAAUCAUGGUCCUCAACGUGUGAUUCCUCCUCCGCUUGGCUCGUCGACGGCCUGACACGCCUGACGGAGCUCCACCACUGCCUCGACGACACUCUCCAGCUUCCACAGACCCAAGAAGCCCUCCGCCGCCAGCCACACUACUCAUCCGUCGAGAAUCUUCUAGAACAGUUCCUCCGCUUCGUCGACGUUUAUGGAAUCUUCCGUGGCUCCGUUUUGGCUCUCAAGGAGGAGCACUCGGCGGUGGAAGUGGCUAUCAGGAAGAGAGACGAAUCUAGGGUUGGUUUGUACGUGAAAGCUCGGAAGAGAGUGGCCAACGAAAUGUCUAAGCUCGUGAACGAAGUUCGAAUGUGUACUAGGUCAUCCGAGCCUGUCUCUCCCAACACUGUCAACGUCGGAGAUGUUGAGCUCGCCGCCGUUGUAAGCGACGUCGUUAAGGUGACGGUGAUGGUAUCUGUUGCACUCUUUAACGGAAUUGCAUUGUCUUUCGGGCCGCGAAAAUCGACAACGUGGAUGAAUAUGGGGAUGAUGAAGAAAGGCAAAGUUGAUGAUCAGGAUCAAGGGAUUCAUGAAUUCGAGCAAGUUGGGGUGAAGAGCUUGUUGGGUUUGAGAAAGAAAGGAGCCGAAGAGGUCAAAUUUACUUUGAAGAAAAUGAGGGAAUUGGAGGCCUCCAUUGAAGGAAUUGAAACUUGCAGUGAAAGAGUUUUCAGGAGUUUGAUUAACGCAAGGGUUGCGCUGCUCAACACUCUUACUAGCUAA